CAUGAAUUGGAAAUAUAUUUUAGGCUCCAUCCUUGCUGCCGCUGGGAUGCUGACCAUUGGGAUCUUACUGGGACAUUUUGCCAUCCCAAAAGAAUCCCAGACUUCUGGUUUGGACCAUACCGUUUCCAAAGAUCUGGAUCCAGCCCUGCUUGAAGACUUCAUGAACCAGGUGGACGCUGCCAGGAUCCGAGAGAACCUCAGGGUCCUCUCUGAGAAGCCCCACAUGGCAACAACGAAGGGGGACGAGGAUCUGGUUCAGCUGCUGCUGAAUCACUGGCGGGACCCGAAAUCUGGCCUGGACAACGCCACGGAGGUCCAGUAUGAUGUGUUCCUCUCAUUUCCGGACCCAGAUAAGCCAAACAGUGUGGCUGUAGUUUUGGAGAAUGGCGCCACAAGGUUCGUCUCCCGAGAAACAGAAGCGGAUCUGACUCCGGAUCAAGCGGACAAAGACGUGGUGAAGCCUUAUGCCGCUUACGGCCCUCCUGGGAACCCCAAGGGGAAACUAGUCUAUGCCAACCAAGGCAAGCCAAGUGACUAUGAGUUCCUGGUCCAACAGCGGAUCGAUCUGAAUGGCACCAUAGCCAUCACCCGCUAUGGAGGGGCCGGACGAGCUGACAAAGCUAUCAAUGGGGCCAAAUACGGUGUCGUCGGCGUAGCGGUUUACACAGAUCCGGCAGAUAUCAAUGACAACAAGGCUUCGGCGGAAGAGACUUAUCCCUAUUCAUGGUACCUUCCCCCUUCGGGAGUGGAAAGGGGCUCCUACACCACCUUUUUUGGGGAUCCCUUGACCCCAUAUUUCCCAGCCAAAGGUUUCACCUACAGGAUCCCAGAAGACCAGAUCACAGGGAUCCCACCAAUCCCCGUCCAACCCAUUGGCUUUGAGGACGCAGAGACACUCAUUUGUAAUCUUGAUGGCCCAAGAGCGCCUGAUAAUUGGCAAGGAGCGUUGGGUUGUAGCUACUCUCUUGGACCCGGUUUCCGUCAAGAUGGGGCAUUCCCCAACACAAGUGAUGUCCAGGUGAAUGUUUAUAACCAGGGAACGAUCAAAGCAUCUUCAAAUGUAAUGGGGCUGAUCCGGGGAAGUGUUGAGCCAGACCGCUAUGUCAUCUAUGGAAACCACAGGGACAGUUGGGUUCAUGGCGCUAUCGAUCCCAGCAGCGGGACAGCGGUCAUGAUGGAAAUCACUCGGGUCUUGGGAACGAUGGUCAAGGAAGGUGAGCUGGGAACAGAUGGUGGGCUGCUGGGGUUUUAGUCCAAACUUGGAGAAUGCCGUCACCUGAUAGUGAUGGAGUUUUCUUCCUGAAAUGUGGCUUAGGCUCUAGUUUCUGAAACGGCAAAAAAUAAGCUGGUUCCAACUUCACCAUGAGAAUCUAUCAAACAUCUAGUAGUCACUUCUAUCUUUUUUAAAGCUAAACUUGUCUCCAUGUGUGCCUUCAAGUCAAAUUAUGGAGGCCUUAUGGCUUUCGUAUCCUUUUCUUGCGCAAAGAAUAUGUGGAAGGGUUGUUGCGUGUUUUCUGGGCUCUAUGGCCAUGUUCCAGAAGUAUUCUCUCCUGAUGUUUCGCCCACAUUUAUGGCAGGCAUCCUCAGAGGUUGUGAGAUA